AUGGGAUUAUGGCUCUAUAUUGUAGCAAUUAUUUCUCUAUACAUUUUUAUUCAUGCCCUUCUUAAUGUAAUAUACAACAAAAAGUUACCGCCAAGCCCUCCAACCAUACCUUUCAUAGGUAACCUUUUUUGGCUUCUAAAGUCUUCAAAAAAUUUUGCUGAACUUGAACCUGUGCUUCGUUCAUUACGUUCUAAAUAUGGUGACAUUGUUACCAUUUUUAUAGGUUCAAGACCUUCAAUUUUUAUUACAUCCCAUGAAGCUGCUCAUAGAGCACUUGUUAAAAAUGGUACAAUUUUUGCUAGUCGUCCCUUAGCACUUGAAACAACCAAACUAUUCUUCCCUAAACAACAUUCCAUUAGUACGUCCGCUUAUGGUCCAAUUUGGAGACUAUUACGCCAAAAUUUCAUGCAAGCGACUCAACCUUCUCGGUUAAAUUUAUAUUCACGUUGUCGUAAAUGGGCAUUGAAUGUUCUCAAGAAAAAUAUUUUAGUUGAUAUUGAACUAGGAAACAAGACCAUACCGAUUGAUGAUUAUUUUAAUUUCACACUUUAUACUUUAUUUACGUACAUGUGCUUGGGGGAGAAAUUUGAUAGAGAAUGUGUUGAGAAUAUCCAGAGGGUACAACACUGUUUAAUUCACAAUUUCAUUAGGUUCAAUGUGUUGAAUUUCGCACCGAUAUUGACUAGGAUCAUGUUUAGAGGAUUAUGGAGAGAGGUCUUGCAAAUUCGUGAAAACCAAAUGAAUGUUUUUCUUCCUAUAAUAAAAGCGCGCCAAGAGAAAAUAAAAAACAAGAUUAAUAUCAGUGAUGAAGACGAAGAUAAGGAAGAUUUUGAGGCAUAUGUUGAUACCCUUUUCGAUUUAAAACUCCCGGAUAGUGGAAACAAACUAAACGAUGAAGAGUUAGUGAGUUUGUGUUCCGAAUUUUUGUUAGGUGGAACAGACACAACAGCUACCACGUUAUUAUGGACCAUGGCUAAUUUAGUAAAGAAUCAAAACAUUCAAGAGAAACUUUAUGAUGAAAUUAAGGAAGUUGUGAAACACAAUGAAGAAAUUGAAGAGGAGCAUUUGCAAAGGAUGCCUUAUUUGAAGGCUGUGGUGUUAGAAACAUUUAGAAGACAUCCACCAGGUCAUUUUAUAUUGCCUAGGGCUGUUAUACAAGAAACUAUUAUGGAUGGUUAUAAGAUACCAAAAAAUGCAAUGAUUAAUUUUCCUGUGGCUGAAUUAGGGUGGGAUCCAAAUGUUUGGGAGAAUCCAAUGGAGUUUAAGCCUGAAAGAUUUUUGAAUGGAGAGGAUGUUAAUUUUGAUUUAAAAGGGUUUAAAGAGAUUAAAAUGAUGCCAUUUGGUGCUGGGAGGAGGGUAUGUCCAGCAAUUAAUAUUGCAAUGCUUCAUCUUGAGUACUUUGUGGCCAAUUUGGUGAGGGAUUUUAAAUGGACAAUUGAAGAUGGAAAUGAGGUUGACUUGAGUGAAAAACAAGCCUUCACUAUUGUAAUGAAGAAUCCAUUGAAGCCAUGUUUGUCUCCAAGAAUCGUUUGA